AGAUGUGUACAAAGAUGGUCCAAGUCCUCUGGGGAUGUUUCCUCCUGUGGAAUCUCUACAUCUCAUCCGCUCAGACCAUUUACCCUGGAAUCAAGGCGAGGGCUACUCAGAGGGCUCUGGACUAUGGCAUUCAAGCUGGGAUGGAGAUGAUUGAGCAAAUGGUCAAGAAAAGAAACAUCCCAGAUUUAAAAGGUUCUGAAUCUCUUGAAUUUCUGAAAAUUGAUUAUGUGAACUACAAUUUUAAAAACAUAAAAAUCAAUGCCUUUUCACUUCCAAAUACUUCACUAGCCUUUGUGCCUGGGGUGGGAAUCAGGGCCCUGAUCAACCACGGCACUGCCAACAUCAGCACAGACUGGGAAAUCAAGUCUCCACUUUUCCAAGACACAGGAGGAGCUGACUUGUUUCUCUCUGGGGUCUACUUCACCGGUAUAGUUGUCCUGGCCUGGAAUGACUUUGGUCACCCAAUCCUGAAGCUCCAAAACUGCUGUGCCCAAGUGAGCCACAGUGACGUCUCGUUUUCUGGAGAGCUCAGUGUCCUAUAUAACUCCUUUGCUGAGCCCAUGGAGAAACCCAUUUUAAAGAACUUAAAUAAAAUGCUCUGUCCCAUUAUCACAAGUGAGGUGGAGGCACUGAAUGCCAACCUCAGCAUGUUGAAGGCUUUAAGAAAGAUUGACAACUAUACUCUGCUGGAUUAUUCCCUAAUCAGUUCUCCAGAAAUUACUGAGAAUUACGUUGAUCUGAACUUGAAGGGCGUAUUCUACCCCCUGGAAAACCUCACAGAUACCCCCUUCUCAUCAGUUCCUUUUGUGCUCCCGGAACACAGUGACUCUAUGAUCUACAUUGGAAUCUCCGAGUAUUUCUUUAAAUCUGCGUCCUAUGCUUAUUUUACAGCUGGGGCUUUCAACGUCACUCUCACCACAAAAGAGAUUUUCAACCAUUUGAUUCGCAACUCUCAAGGCCUUGGCAGCAUGCUCUCCCGGAUUGCAGAGCUGUACAUCUUGUCCCAGCCCUUCAUGGUAAAGGUCUUGGCAACAGAGCCUCCCGUGGUCAAUUUAUUACCGGGCAACUUCACCCUAGACAUCCCUGCCUCCUUUGUGAUAUUCACCCAGUCCAAGAACUCGACUGUGAAAACCAUCGUUUCCAUGGACUUUGUUGCUAGUACCAAUGUUGCCCUGGCUAUUUUGGGACAAAGACUGAUCUGCUCUUUAUCUCUGAAAAGCUUCUACCUCUCUUUGCCAGAGUCCAGUCGCAGCAAUACUGAGGUCUUGAGGUUUGAGAAUAUUCUGUCCUCCAUUCUCCACUUCGGAGUCCUCCCACUGGCCAACGCAAAAUUGCAGCAAGGAUUUCCUCUGCCCAACCCACAAAAUAUCUCACUCGUCAAUUCAGAUAUUGAAGUUCUUGAGGGUUUCCUUUUGAUUUCCACCGACCUGAAGUAUAAAACGUCCUUAAAGCAGCAGCCAAGUUUCCAUGGUUGGGAAGCUCUGAACCUGAUAAGUGGACAGUGGAGGGGGAAGCCAGCCCCUUGACUGCCUGUUUGGAGUCCACUCCAGGAAGUAAAUGGCCCUUAAUCCCACAGCUCGUGUAAACCCAGAGCAGGAAGAUGGUACACACAGGAAUU